AUGAGCACAGAUUCGGGAUACUGCAGCUUACAGAGCUCUCCAUAUUUCAAAGAGCUGCAGAACAGCUAUUUCACCACUUUACCCAAGCUUUCAAGUCCCGUGUCAUCCACUGCUCCCAACUCCCAGGCCUCGGCCCAGUCAUUCGAAGCUGGCGCCCAUCCGGACUCUCUAUCUGAUAUCUUGGAGGCUCGCAAAGAGGCCAAACAGCUACUCCUUAUCUACCGCACAACCCUUGCUGAGCUUGAGUUAAGACGCAUGUGCGCAUCUCGCAAGGGGCUGCAGUUAUGGGUCGAGUACUGGACAAAUACUUACAAACCACAUUUUGCACGACCUCUAUGCCAAAAGAUUGAACUUGCUAAGCCGGAAGUUAACCGUACUUUCAAGGAGGCUGCUCAGGAUAUCUACCAGGUCAUCAACGAGAUUGACGCAUGCAUCUCCACUGCCUCUCACCAGGACGAAAUCAGAGACCUGAUGGCAAGCAUGAGGAGCCGUAUUCAUCACAUUGUCAGAGAAAGGCGGGUACGGGCCAACCAGCUUAUGGAAUGGCUUAGAUGUGAUAUCGAGUCCACGCCCGUUGAUAUUCGUGACCAUAUGUUUGAUCGGUUGAAGAAGCAGGUCUACGGCCUUGAUCCGUUAGGCCAUUAUCACCCUAACCCGGAGGAGCCGGAUUUCGAGGACUACAUGGAAGAACGUUCUGAGUCUAUCGAGGAGCGUCUCCGACAGCAGAUGGGCCUUUUGAGCAUGACAACUCUUCCUGACACACUAAGGCAAGUGAUUGCAAUUGACAAUACGAGAAGUCAGUGGGCACAUCAUACUAGCCAGGGGGAGACUUUGGCCAUGAACAAUGCCGAGGAAGUGGCGUGA